GUCUUAGUCCUCUGUCAUUCGGUGAAUUAAAACGUCUGUCCUUUUUUUCUGGAAAUAUUUAUACAUACAAACGUUUUCUCACAUAUUUACAUCAGAAAUGUCUAACGAUUUAAGGCUGCUAGUCAAAAACGCGAAACAAAUAGUUUUAGUUUGUAAUAAUGGCGAAAGAUACCUGACCAAAGACGGAAUGAAAAAAUUCGCACUGAUGGAGAAUGCCAGUUUGGUUGUGGGGAAGGAUGGCCUUGUGAAGGCUGUGGGACCUGCUGGCUUAAUCGAUUCUCAGUACAAGGAAGCAUCAUUUGAAAAUGUAAUUGAUGCCUCGGGCAUGUGCGUCAUCCCAGGUUUGAUAGAUGCCCAUACUCAUCCUGUCUGGGCAGGUGACAGAGUUCAUGAAUUUGCAAUGAAGCUGGCGGGGGCCACGUACAUGGAGCUGCACCAGGCCGGCGGAGGGAUCCACUACACGGUGGAGCACACCAGCAGGGCCUCCCCGGAGCAGCUGCUGGCUGGCCUUCGGCCGAGGCUGCUGAGGAUGCUGAGGGCCGGCACCACGCUGGCGGAGUGCAAGAGCGGAUACGGCCUGGAGCUGGACGCCGAGGUCAAAAUGCUGAGCGUCAUCGAGCAGGCUCGCCGGGAGCUCCCCAUCGGCAUCUCCUCCACCUACUGCGGGGCUCACGCAGUGCCCAGGGGGAAGACAGCAUCCCAGGCAACUGAUGAGAUCCUUAAAGUUCACCUCCCUAAACUGAAAGACAAGAUGUCCAAAGGAGAGCUCAGUAUUGAUAAUAUAGAUGUGUUCUGUGAGAGAGGAGUGUUUGACCUCAAUUGCACCAGAGCCAUCUUGAAGGCAGGACAAGACAUAGGCCUACAGAUUAACUUCCAUGGUGACGAACUUUAUCCAACCAACUCUGCUGAGCUUGGGGCUGAACUGAGCGCUCUGGCCGUUAGUCAUCUGGAGGAAGUGUCUGACGAGGGGAUAGCAGCCAUGGCCAAAUCCAAAACGUCAGCUGUUCUGUUACCAACAACUGCCUAUAUUUUAAGAUUGAAGCAACCCAGAGCAAGAGAUAUGCUUGAUGCAGGAGUCAUCGUAGCUCUGGGCAGUGAUUUCAACCCCAACGCCUACUGUUGCUCUAUGCCUAUAGUGAUGCAUCUGGGCUGUGUGAACAUGAAGAUGUCGAUGAAUGAGGCAUUAGCUGCGGCUACCAUCAAUGCAGCCUACGCCCUGGGGAAGUCUCACCUCCACGGCUCUCUAGAGGUCGACAAACAGGGAGACCUCAUCAUCCUGAAUUCUGCACGGUGGGAGCAUCUGAUUUAUCAGUUUGGAGGACAUCAGGAGCUUAUCAGAUACGUCAUCAUUAAAGGAAUGGUGGUUUAUGAUAAUGACAAAACCAUGGACUACUGAAUGGUUUCCAGGGGAUGUGUAAAUUAAUGCAUUUUGAAAAAAAUAAAUGCCUAUCAACUAAUUGAAUUACCUGAUCUUUUAUCUUUAACUCCUUAAUAAAAAGUUACCAGCUGUUUCCA